AUCAAUAAUGGAACAAAGUUCCCUAGUUUAAAACCAAAAAAAAGUAACUAAAAGCUUUGCUAAUGAUCGUGAAGUGGGGAAAGUUAUAAAAUUCACAAAGUUCCCAAUGGAACCCUAAGCAAUACAAUGUAUCAGAGUCCCAGCUCGUUGCAGAUGCAUAUCUGUCUUCACACUUUCUUCACCAUCCGUGUUCAUCUGGUGCAUCAGUACCAUAAACCAUUAGCUCCGGCUUUCCUUUCAUCUUGAAGGUGGCGGACGUUGCUAUUUAUCCACUAGCAAUCAAUGAGUGGCGUCAGCAGUGGUACUGUAAUGACGAUUGCACCAUUAAGGAUGACAGCUUACAAAGAAGAGGGCAAUGGUGAUCCCUCCCAGAGCCAGUACAGCACUGAGGAGUGCAUGCAUCACAGGAUCACCCUAUAUCUCUCUGCUGCUCAUCUGACUGUCUCUACUCGCCGCACCAGAUCCUUCCUGGCUUUACUCAUUAGACACACAAUGGAAACCAGAAAGGACAUGGUUAUGUUUCUGGAGGGAGGUCAACUUGGCACUCUAGUUGGCAAGAGAAUGUCUAAUUUGUCGAACACAGUUGGAAGCCCCAUUCAGGAACCGCAGGAGAAGAUGAUUCCCAGAAAUUGCAUGAGCCCUCGAUCGUUGCCCCAUGCGCCCAGAGACAGGGCAGAGGAAGAGGUAGAAGUGGUAUCGGGGUCCAGCCCAGACAGCAGGUCAGCGGGGAUGCGGAUCUCCCCUCCUCUCCCACCCCCUCACUCGGACUCUCUGUCUGCUAAAGGACAUCACAGCAGCUCGGACACCGAGUCGGAUUUUUACGAGGAGAUCGAAGUAAGCUGCACCCCGGACUGUACCUCAGGGAGCUCAGACUACCAGCACGGCAAAGGUCAGUGUUCUGAGGCUAUGGGUGGCAGCCCUGUCAAUGGGAGCGAUUCAUCAAAGGGAAGCGGUGGGUCCCAGAGCUCCUUGUCUUGUGCCGGGGAUCAGAUGCGGAGAUACAGGACAGCCUUCACCAGAGAGCAGAUAGCACGCCUGGAAAAGGAAUUCUACCGGGAAAACUAUGUAUCAAGGCCCAGAAGGUGUGAAUUGGCUGCAGCCCUCAAUCUUCCAGAAACCACCAUCAAGGUGUGGUUCCAGAAUCGAAGGAUGAAGGACAAGAGGCAGCGCCUGGCUAUGACCUGGCCUCAUCCUGCAGACCCAGCUUUCUACACCUACAUGAUGAGUCACGCAGCAGCCACAGGCAACUUACCUUAUCCUUUCCCAUCACACCUACCUCUUCCUUAUUACUCCCACAUGGGCAUUGGUGCAAGCUCAGCAUCAGCUGCUACUCCCUUCAGCUCACCAUUAAGGCCACUGGAUACAUUCAGAGUCCUCUCUCACCCUUACCCCAGGCCAGACUUGCUCUGUGCUUUCAGGCACCCUUCUCUCUACGCCUCACCCGCUCAUGGACUUGCUGCUGGUGGAAACCCUUGUUCUUGUUUGGCAUGUCACACCAGCUCUGCCAAUGGCCUGGCACAGAGACCAACAGGAUCUGACUUUAACUGCUCAUCCUCUUCUAGAUCAGACUCCUUCCUUACUUUCACUCCAUCAGUCCUGAGCAAAACCUCUACGGUAUCUCUAGACCAGAGAGAAGAAGUACCCUUAACCAGAUAAACACCAUCUUUACCAAGCACCAUCACCUGGUUUAAAAUCGAUUGCCAUGUCGAUGUUUCAAUUAAAUAUGCACCUUUCUGGAAGGUGGCAUUGGAACUUAGCAGGCCUUCCCUAUACAGUCUUCUGCAGAACAACAAAUAAACAAUGAGAGCAAACAAUAGGAGACUACCAAAAUGACUACUUUUUAAAAGUGAUUAUUUUUAGAGCAAUUUCUCCUCCAUUUAUUUUAAUCUGUCUCAGAGAGAAAACGGAUGACAUGUACAGGACAAAGAUUAUUUUUCCGGAAUACUUGAAUGUUAUGUUAACAAAUAUAAAAAAAAUAGUGAUGUAAAAAGCAACUGUGCAUUCCAUACCAGGUGUCUGAUGCACCAGUUUCUGAAGAACAACGAACAGUAUUAUCCAUUUUCUUAUGAACAGGUCGGUUGUGCAGUUCGACCUUUUUCGCAUCUUCACUGUAAUUCUACUUAAAUUAUUAUUAUUUUGUUUAUUAAAUCGCCAUAAUACAAUUGUUAGUUUCCCUAUCACUAUUUAGUAGGAUCAGACACUGGGAUGUUGGAUACCAAUCUAAGAUAUGUUGUGAAUUCUAGGAUUCUGUCCAUAGAACGCCAGAGAUGUAUUCUCAGCUGCUGAAAUUUGCGCACAGUGAAUAAAUUAUCAAGUUUUGUAUAUGUAAAGAAGAUUUUUUUUGAAUGUGUAAUAUUUUUUCUCAGAGUGCAAACCCUCUGCUAAAGCUUAACAAGCCGCACAGGGAAGGGAUUAGAAAGCCAAGUCUUUACAGGCAGCUACCCCAUUUCAAAUUAGGCUCUUCAAUAUAAAUCUGUCUAGAUUCACUCUUUUCACUUUUUUCGUUUCUAUUGUUGUUUUAAUUGUACUUGACGUUUCAGGGACCUUGUUUACAUUUUAAAUGUUUUAUUUUAUUUAUAUUUGCUUUUAUUGCACAGGCAGGGCUAAGAUUUUAAAAUUGUCUACCUGGAGUUCUGUCUUAAAUAGAUCUUGUCUUUACGAACAUAUCACCACUCAGUUUGUUAAUAUCCUCAGAAAAUUGCUGUUGUGAAAAUCAUUAAGAGAAUCCAAAACACUGUUACCAUAUUUUAUUAAUUCGCAAUAAAAUUAUCACAAGAACGUACAAAUACA